AUGACGGUUCAGGUCAUCACCUUCUCUAAGGAUGAUGCUCAGAGAGUGCACUUCCCCCACCAUGAUCCUUUUGUGAUCAAGAGCCAGGUUUCCAACAAGAACAUCCUGUUCAAGUCAGCCUUCGAGAAGAUUGGGAUGACCAUAAGUGGCAUGUCCCCAUGCACCUCCACUCUUUACGGGUUCUCAGGGGAAGGACUAAAUUUGAUGCGACAGAUUAAGUUGGCAUUUACACUUGGAGAAGUACCUCAACAGGCGUUCAAGUCCGGAAAACAAAUUGUCAAACCCAAUUACAUACCUCAAGUUGAAAAAGACAAUAGCCAACCUCAAAGUUCCAACACAAAUGACCUUUCAAAAGAUGAUGCUCAAAUCCUUCCUUCCAUCCCAAAAGCUCCUUUUCCACAAAGAUUAAUUCCACUCAAGAAAGGCAACCAAUAUAGUGACAUCUUAGAAGUUUUCAAACAAGUAAGCAUAAACAUUCCUUUCUUAGAUGCCAUUAAACAAAUUCCUGCCUAUUCUAAAUUCUUAAAAGACCUUUGCACUGUUAAAAGAAACACAAAUGUUCCAAAAAAGGCGUUUUUAACUGAACAAGUUAGCUCCAUAAUUCAAUAUAAAAGCCUUGUCAAGUAUAAAGAUCCCGGUUGUCCAACAAUUUCAUGCAUCGUUGGCGAUCAUUUUAUUAACAAAGCCUUACUUGAUUUAGGAGCUAGUGUGAAUUUACUGCCUUAUUCUGUGUAUAAGCAACUAGGUCUAGGAGAAUUACCUUCUCAUUGGUCUAAGCAUGACAAAUCUAAAUUUUAUUCUGAAGUGAAAAUUUUCAUGUGGGAUGACCCUUAUUUGUUUAAAUAUUGCCCUGGUCAAAUAAUAAGAAGAUGCAUUCCAAACUGUGAAUCUUGCGAACGUUGUCAAAUGUUAGGAAGUGUAACUAGAAGAAACAUGAUGCCUUUGAAUCCUAUCCUUAUUGUUGAAAUAUUUGAUGUUUGGGGCAUUGAUUUUAUGGGUCCAUUUCCUAACUCUUUUGGUAACUUGUACAUUCUUGUUGGUGUUGAUUAUGUGUCUAAAUGGGUUGAAGCUGUUGCAUGCCACACAAAUGACCAUAAAGUUGUGCUUAAGUUUUUAAAAGAAAAUAUUUUCUCCCGUUUUGGCUCACCACGUGCUAUCAUUAGUGAUAACGGUACACACUUUUGUAAUAGAUCUUUUGAGCAUUUAAUGAAACAAUAUGGUAUUACACAUAAAGUCACUACACCUUAUCACCCACAAACUAGUGGUCAAGUCGAAAUAUCAAAUAGGGAAAUUAAGCACAUCUUAGAGAAAACUGUCAAUCCAACUAGGAAAGAUUGGUCCUUAAGACUCAUUGAUGCAUUAUGGGCAUAUAGAACUGCAUACAAAACACCCAUUGGAAUGUCCCCCUAUAGACUUGUGUAUGGAAAGGCAUGUCACUUACCCGUUGAGCUAGAACAUAGAGCCUAUUGGGCAAUUAAGCAAUUGAAUUUUUCCUUAGACAAAGCAGGUGAGAGAAGAAAGCUUCAAUUAAAUGAGUUAGAAGAGCUUAGGCAUGAUGCAUAUGAUUAUUCCAAAAAAUAUAAGGAUCGAAUGAAGAUUUACCAUGACAAAAACAUUUUGCGAAAAGAUUUCUCUCCUGGUCAAAAAGUCCUUUUAUACAAUUCUCGUUUGCAUCUCUUCCCGGGGAAGUUACGCUCUAGGUGGGUAGGUCCAUACAUUGUUCGCACUGUUUUUCCACAUGGAGCCAUUGAAAUUGAAAAUCCUAAUAAUGGUAAUAUAUUCAAAGUGAAUGGACAAAAAUUGAAACCAUUUUUAGAAUUAAAAACUGCUAAAGUGGAUGAAAUCCUUCUCGAGGAUCCUAUUUACCAUGGUCCUUGAUCGCUCUCAUCAAUUAUUGGUAAAUGUGUGUUUUAUUUAUGUUUUAGGUUAACUUCUUGUUUUGAUUUUUGUUACCUUUUUUGUUGCACUCUUGACAUGCUCCAUGAUGAGGUACGACCAUUCUAAACUCUAAACUCUUUCACGCUUCAAUUUAUAUUUGUAUUUUGAUACAUUGAGGACAAUGCAUAAAUUAAGUUUGGGGGUAGUGGGUUUAUAUGGUUACUUCUUUCAUAUGUUUGAAAAUGGUAGAAUUUUUUAAAAAAAAAACAAAAAAAAAUUCGGGCCCACAAAAAAAAAAAACAACCGAAUCCCUCUUCAGCACAUCACCACAAGCCCACACCUCCUCAUUCGAGCCCAAUCAUACAACCCACUGCCCAUCACUCCUUCAGCUCACUCAUGCCAAACCGAACCACUUUGCCACAGCCACCAAUAUGGCUCAAAAACCAUAUUUGUUCCCAAUGUCCACUUUUUUUCUUUUCACUAAAAUAUCAACUCACUCUUCCAUAUUUUUCUCACCUAAAUAAACAUUCCUAAUUCAUUUUUUUACCCUAGCUUUUCACUAAUC